AUGCAAGCACUGCACGUGCUGGUGCCUCAAUCCUUGCCGGUGCGGCCAGCUGUCAAGGGCCGGCCCUUUACGACUGACAUUGUAUUUGAAAAGCUCCGCAAGUUCGGAAAGCAAUGGAGCUCGAAAGCAAAGGUCACGUACUUCAAGUAUGAGGUCCACGUUUCCAAGGGCUUCCUCAUUGCCCCAUCUUUUUCUUCGGCGAUGUAUUUGCUGCUCCUGCGUUUCCUCGCUCGAGACUACGCAGGUGUUUGCUCACUGGUGCAUGCAGUGGGCACGGAUGCCGAGCUGAAUGAUGAGGAAGCACAGAUCCUCCAGGUCCUUGGCCUGGUGGAGGAUUCCCAUCCUGAUGCCUUGGCAUGCCGAUGCCUCAUCACCCUGGCGGUGAUGCGCCGCGCGACUGGCGGUUAA